UUCCUCACUUUUUUUUUUUUUCAUUUUCCCUAUCUUUGCCUUCUUGGAAAAAUUCUGUAUUCUUCCUUUUAUUUACUCCAAGGUGCAAUCAUACUUUUAAGCCCUUUUAUACAUAUUUACACACACAAGUAUAUAUAAUUUAUCACACCAGUAUUUAUUAUUCAUUUUUAACACUUAUCACAUACAAAAAAGUCAACGUAUUUCCUUUUUUAUAAAAUGAAAAAACCCCAACCACAACCAAUACAAAAAUUAAGGCCCAAUGAACAGCCUUUGACAAGAAAACGAUCCCACUCAGCUUCUUCAUCCGCAUCCUCUGACUCACCCGGUGCCUUUUCAAAUACAUUUUCAGAUUCUGGUUCAUCAUCCAUGACAUCAAAUGCAAGCAAUCAUAUGAAAAGAACACGCUCAGUUCAUAAUGUGGAUCCAUCCUCUUCCGGAGACAGCAGUAAUACAUCGUCAUCAUCCUCAGCACCUCAAACCGGCCGUAACUCCUCUUCUUCGAAUAACCAACGUUUAACGGCUCAGCGAAGUGUCCCAGCCUUCUUGAAUAAGCUAUACAAUAUGGUGAGCGAUGCAUCAACGGAUAGCCUCAUUCGAUGGUCUACGGAUGGUAACUCGUUUAUAGUGGAGCGACACGAGGAGUUUGCAAAAAAGGUAUUACCAAGAUUUUACAAGCACAAUACAUUUGCGUCCUUUGUUCGACAGCUCAAUAUGUAUGAUUUUCAUAAAAUACCCCACCUCCAACAGGGCGUAUUAAUAUCAGACAGUAACAGCCACGAAAUAUGGGAAUUCAGUAAUCCACACUUUCAAAGAGGUAGACCUGAUUUACUCAUACUUGUGACCAGAAAGAAAAAUAAAGAUCGAGAUAACAUGGACGGAGAUGCGCCUAGUGUAGCCUCUCUUGCUGAUGAUCUCGCCUUGAUCAAAAAACAUCAAGAGACAAUUGGAAAUCAAUUAAAAGAACUCCAUAGAGAUAAUGAAAUACUAUGGCAAGAGACAUUGAAUUCAAGAGAAAAGUAUCAUCGACAUCAAGAAGCGAUUGAAAAGAUAUUGUUGUUCCUAACAGCCGUAUUCACCAAUAAUGAUCAACUGGCUCUUCCGAUGGGAUCAAAUGGUACAGAUGUGCUCCUAAAAGGGUUAAUCGAGGAAGCCGCAUCCUUAGCAGGCAUAACGAUUGACCAAGACAAAUUGUACUCCAUCAAUCAAAGCGAUCAGCUUCCUCAACAGAUCAAACCUAAUAUUGACUUUACCCCUACCGUAGCUCCUUCUUCUAUUGAAGAACUAAAGCCGCCUUCCUUGGCCGAUUUCUCGCAGACACUCAAUACUGCCACACGAUCUGCUCAAUCCAUUACGCAGGAUAUUAGUAUGCUUCAGAUGAACAUAGAAUCAUUGGCAAACAACUUGGGAAUUGACCCUAAUCAGUUUGAUGAAGAUAUGGAGACAGAUCAAAUGCCUGCUAAUUACGCUUGGAAUCCAGAGAGCUACGACAUAGCAAACGAUAGUAUCAUCAUUCAAAAAGAACCAGAAGAAAUAAUAACACCGCCUGGCAUGGCCGCCGCCAUCCCACCAAAAUUUAAUCUUCAAUUUCCAGGCGCAGGACAUCCAGAGGAACAACAAAGAAACAAAUCAUCUCAACAAAUAUUCCAAACACAAGCUAGCAAAUCGCAGUUGAAGCCUCAAGAAAAGUAUAUUCCACAAAGAACAGCAUAUCCUAUCUCAGCCGACAAUCAUACGUCAUCUGUUACCGAUAUAAAGUCUAUGAACAUUGGUUACCAGCAAUUCAUCUCCUCUAUGAAUGCCUUAAACUCGCACUAUUCAAAUACAAAUGAUAUUCCUGGUUAUAUCUCAGCUCCUACUACGUCAGCUGCGGGUACGAGUACUGGAGUUUCUCCUGUUACGAAUGAUCCUCAUCGAACGGUUAAUACAAGAUAUUUUGCAAAUGAUGUAAAUACAAUCGAUCAGCAAACGAUUACACCAGUACAGCCACAACCACAGCAUCAACAGCCUCGACAGCUUGAUACUUAUGGAUUUGUUAAUUUACAAAAUAAUUAUGCUUCAAACAUACCUGAACAACCCUUUUAUAAUAAAAGGUAAAACACAUCCACUUAUUUCACACCUCUUUAUACAAAUUAUAUUUCUCCCCUCUUUUUUUAUCAAUGUAUUAAACCGGAAAAAGAAAUGCAUAUAUAAUAAUACACACAAACACACACUCACGCAUAUAUACACUGCAAUAUAUAUAUAUACCCUUAUUAUGACUACUUUUUUCUCUUUCUUAUUUUU